ACUUUUCUGGAGCUUACAAAAAGCAGAGCAGCUGAGGCUGAGAGGCCAGAAGGUGCUGCUGCUCUCCCACCGACAGAUAACAAGACCUCAUUUCACUCCUCCUGUCUCCGUUCCUUCCAAGGCAAAAAAGAAAGUCUUCCUUGCUUUGCUUUGAUCGAAAGUGCGAGCGAUGUCUCUGAGAGGUGAUGUGUGCGUGGUGACGGGCGCCUGUGGAUUCCUGGGAAAGAGGCUGGUGAGGCUGCUGCUGGAGGAAGAGGAGACGGCCGAGAUCCGACUGCUGGACAAACACGUCCCACAGCAAGUUCUGCAGAGUCUGGAGGACUGCAGGGGCGGGACGAAACUCAGCGCCUUUGAAGGAGACAUCAGAGACUCGGACUUUGUGAGGAAAGCCUGUCGAGGUGCAACAAACGUCUUCCACACCGCCUCCAUGAUUGAUGUGCUGGAGUCGGUGGAGUACAGCGAGAUCUACGGAGUCAACGUGAAAGGAACGCAGCUGCUUCUGGAGGCGUGCCUCCACGAGAACGUCAUGUCUUUCAUUUACACCAGCACUAUUGAGGUGGUGGGACCAAACCCCAGAGGAGACCCCAUGGUCAACGGCACUGAGGACACAGUUUAUGACAGCCGUCUCACGUUAAGCUACAGCAAGACCAAAAAGGAGGCCGAAGACAGAACCCUGCAGGCCAACGGUCAGCUGCUCCAAAACGGAGGCCGACUGGCCACAUGCUCCCUGAGGCCCGCGUACAUCUUCGGAGAAGGCUGUCGCUUCCUGCUUGGUCACAUGACUGACGGGAUUCGAAAGGGGAACGUCCUGAAUCGUCUUUCUGCACGAGAGGCCCUGGUCAACCCCGUCUAUGUGGGAAACGUGGCCUUUGCUCACCUGCAGGCAGCGCGAAGCUUAAAAGAACCCCAGAAAAGAGACACAGUUGGAGGAAAGUUUUACUUCAUCACCGAUGACACGCCCCAUUUAAGCUAUGCUGACUUUAACUAUUGCAUGAUGUCUCCUUUGGGCUUCAGCGUCCAAGACAAGCUCCAGAUGCCUCUGCGCAUCUUCUACAUAGUCAUCUUCUUUCUGGAGGCGCUGUGCAUGCUGCUGCGGCCGUUCAUACGCAUUGUUCCGCCGAUGAAUCGGCAGCUCCUCACGCUGCUGAACACGACGUUCACCUUUUCCUACCAGAAAGCCAAAAGGGAUCUGGGUUAUUUCCCCAAAUACAGCUGGGAAGAGGCGCGCAGACGCACUCUCGACUGGCUUGCCUCACAGUUGCCCCAACAGAGAGAAACUCUCCAGUCCAAUUAGGGUCAAGUCACUGACAAAAAGAAGCAACGAAACCUGUCGAUUCGGUAGAUUUGACUCCAUGCGUAACUGGUUUUAGUAAGUUGAUGUCAGAUUGGGGAUCCCAAUGGGGACGGCUUUCAAAGAGCUCUAUAGAGCGGGUUCAUAUUACACUGACUUGGACUGUUUUGAAUGCUAAUAAAAGGUAUGGAAACU